CUUAAUCCAGACAAAUCUGAAAAAGAAACAAGAGAACAUGGCUGCCUCCACAGCAGCUGCUGCUGCUGCUGCUGCUGCUACAAAUGUUUUUGAGAUUGGUAGCUACAGGACUCUGGUCCAGAGAGUGGAGUCUUCUUCAGUGCUGCCUGCUCCACCUCCGAAGCCGCUGCUGAUUGCUAGCCCAAGUGAAGCAGGAGACUUCCCCAUCUUGAUUUUCCUCCAUGGUUACCUCCUCUUCAAUUCUUUUUACUCUCAGCUCAUCCAACAUGUUGCUUCUCAUGGCUUCAUUGCUAUUGCUCCUCAGUUAUACACGUUGGCCGGACCGGAUGCAAGCGAGGAGAUAAACUCCAUGGCCGCAAUCACCAAUUGGCUGUCAAACGGAGGGCUUCAAGGCCUUCUUCCGGCUCACGUCCGCUCUAAUUUAAGCAAGCUCGGACUCGCCGGCCACAGUCGAGGUGGCAAAACAGCUUUCGCUCUGGCCCUUGGAAAAGCGGCAAUUGCCACUACCCUGAAAUUUUCAGUCAUAAUAGGCGUAGACCCAGUUGACGGAAUGGACAAAGGGAAACAAACCCCUCCUCCAGUCCUCACUUAUGUCCCUCAUUCCUUCAAUCUCGACGCGGCGGUGAUGGUCAUCGGUUCCGGCCUUGGGGAAGUGAAGAAAAAUCCCCUGUUUCCUCCUUGUGCACCCAAGGGAGUGAACCAUGAAGAUUUCUUUAGAGAAUGUCGACCACCUGCUUGUCAUUUUGUCGCAAAGGACUAUGGUCAUCUAGAUGUGUUGGAUGAUGUUACUGAAGGGAUAAGAGGGAGAACUAGUUACUGUUUGUGCAAGAAUGGGAAGUCAAGAGAGCCGAUGAGGAAAUUUGUUGGAGGAAUUGUUGUUGCUUUCAUGAAAGCUUAUUUGAAUGGAGAUGAAAGUGAUUUGAUUGCUGUAAAAGAUGGGGUUGAAACUCCGCCAGUGGAGCUUCAAACUGUUGAAUUUCUACCGUGAUGCUUAUAUAAUGCCAGUUGUGAGAUAGCUAUUCAGCGUGGAAGAUUAAUUGUUAGAUUGCCAAUGUUACAGAGGUUCAUCAUGAGCGUUAGAAGAGCUCAAUUGAAUUCAUACGGAGACUUCUGUUUGUUUUUUAUAAAUGUUGUAUACUACUAUAUAAAAUGGUGUCAUUGGAUUGAAUGGUGAUGGACAAUUAUCAAAGUUACUCCCUCAUAUAUUUUGAUAAAUUUAAUUUGACAUU